CUGCUCCUCCUACCUCCGCCCCCUCUCCACCGCCGCCGCCGCGCCGCCCUCCCUCGCCACGCGAGCGAUCCCUCCACCAUCACCGUCAAGGGCGUCAAGAUCUCAGCUCGCCCUCUCUACCUCGAUAUGCAGGCCACCACCCCCCUCGAUGCCUCGCGUCCUCGACGCCAUGCUCCCCUUCUACCUCCACCGCUUCGGCAACCCCCACUCCCGCACCCACCUCUACGGAUGGGAGUCCGAGUCCGCCGUCGAAACCGCCCGUUCCCAAAUCGCCGACCUGGUCGCCGCAAACCCUAAAGAACUCUUCUUUACCUCCGGCGCUACUGAAUCCAACAACAUCUCAGUCAAGGGCGUCAUGCACUUCUACAAGGACAAGAAGCGCCACGUCAUCACCACGCAGACCGAGCACAAGUGCGUCCUUGAUUCCUGCAGGUACCUGCAGCAGGAAGGGUUUGAUGUUACUUAUCUUCCGGUGAAACCCGAUGGGCUUGUGGAUCUUGACCUGCUGCGGUCUUCUAUUCGGCCGGAUACUGGGCUUGUUUCGAUCAUGGCAGUGAAUAAUGAGAUUGGCGUGGUUCAGCCGAUGGAGGAGAUUGGAAGGAUUUGUAAGGAGAAGGGGGUUCCUUUUCAUACGGAUGCUGCUCAAGCUCUUGGUAAGAUUCCGAUUGAUGUUGAUAAGAUGAAUAUUAGUUUGAUGUCUUUGAGCGGGCAUAAGAUUUAUGGGCCGAAGGGUGUUGGAGCGCUUUAUGUUCGUCGGAGGCCAAGGAUCAGGGUUGAGCCGCAAAUGAGUGGAGGCGGGCAGGAGAGAGGGAUUCGGAGCGGGACAGUUCCCACUCCGUUAGCUGUUGGGUUCGGAGCUGCUUGUGAGAUUGCAAAGAAGGAGAUGGAGUAUGAUAGUAAGAGGAUUUCUGCGUUACAGGAAAGACUAUUGAAGGGGGUUCGGGCAAAACUGGAUGGUGUAGUGGUGAAUGGGAGUGAGGAACAUCGAUAUGCAGGGAAUUUGAACUUGUCUUUUGCUUAUGUUGAAGGGGAGAGCUUGUUGAUGGGGUUGAAGGAGGUGGCGGUUUCGAGUGGGAGUGCAUGUACAAGUGCGAGUUUGGAGCCUUCUUAUGUUUUGAGAGCGCUCGGGGUUGAUGAGGAUAUGGCUCACACUUCGAUUAGGUUUGGAAUUGGGAGGUUUACGACGGAGGAGGAGAUUGAUCGGGCAGUGGAGCUUACAGUGAGGCAGGUGGAGAAGUUGAGGGAGAUGAGCCCCCUUUAUGAGAUGGUGAAGGAGGGGAUUGAUAUUAAGAGUAUCCAAUGGGCACAACAUUGAGGUGAUGAAGAAAACGAGGAAAGAUGAUGAAGAAGAUGAGGAGGGGAGGGCUGAUGCUGUCUACAUCAGGUUUUCUCGCUCCUUUUCUUUAUUCUAAGCUAUUGGGUGCAUCAUUAUGUGUUAAAUUUUGAUGAUAUAAAUGCUUGUAUAUGCACUACACAUCCAGGGAGACAUCUUUUCUUCAAAUGUGCACUUUGUAUGGAGCUUGUUAGCGACUUGUAUGAAUAAUAAUUAUAUGUGGUUAUCUAUUUAGCUGUGAUAACCCUAAUUAUUGUGAAGAAAAGUCACUUCUUUGGUCAUGUAUGGCCAAGUCACUUCUUUGGUCAUGUAUGGCCUCUGGAUCAUGUUAUGAUCAUAGUUCAGUAAUUAUGUGAUUGAAGACAUGUGUUGUUGAAUGGUUUGCUAAUGAUGCUCACGGAUUUGUUUAA